AUGGCCAACGUGCGCUUUGCCGCUAUCCCGGCCACGAACCGGCUUGCGGACCUGCCCAUCGAGGCCCUCACGCGCGUGUUCGCGGCCGUCCUCGUCGACCGCGUGCACGACAACGACCGCCUCGCGACAAAGGGCGCCAUCACGCGCUUCCACUCGAAGCAGCCCCCGCCGCUCGAGAUCUCGGCCUACGUCGACCGCCUGUGCAAGUACACGCCGUUCCCGCGCGACGCCGUCCUCCUCGCCGUCGUCUACCUGAACCGCAUCACCCACCUCCCCUACACGGCCGAGCCCGGCGUCGACCCGGCGCCGCUCCUCGCCGUCGCGCCUCCGCGCCUGCCGCCACGGCCACCCUCGGCCGCGCGACGAGCCGUGCGCUCGCCGCCGACCUCGCCUACCACCGCGACGGGCGGCCUGAGCCCACCCGCGACCCUCUCGCCCAUCGAGGCGCCCUCCCCUCUCCCUCCCUCGCCCACCAUCUCGUCCGUCGACCGACCCCGGGUCGCCCCCUUCCUCAACAGCUACACCCUGCACCGCCUCGUCCUCUCGGUCCUCCUCAUCGCGACAAAGUUCACCGCCGACGGCACCCUGUCGCAGACGCGCGCGGCCAAGGUCGGCGGCGUCGGCGCCAACGAGCUGUGCAAGCUCGAGGGCGAGGGUUUGCGCCUCCUCGGGUGGGAGCUCGGGUGGUCGCUCGACGAGAUCGAGGGCGCGUGCGUCGAGCUCGAGCGCGAGGCCGAGAAGAGGGGGAUCGUGCCGUGCGAGGCCGAGGAGCGCCGGGCGGCCGUCGCAAGGCGGGCCGACGAGGUGCGCCCGCCCGGGACGGACCCUCCCGCCGCCGCCGCCUUCGACGCGCCGGCCCUCCUCCCGUUUGCCUCCCCACCGCGCCCAUCCUUCCUUACUGCCCCCUCGCACCACGCCGUGCGCCGUCCCUCGCUCUCGACGCGCUCCUCGGGCUCGACUUCGACCUCGGCAACGACCACGACAGCGUCCUCGUCCUCAGAGGCGUCCACCUCCCAGCCCUCGUCGUCCGCCAGCUCGCCCCAGCUUUUCAUCGCCCUCCCGCACGACGUCGCCGGCGCGCGGCGUCCCCACCCUCACGCCCACGCGCACGCGCUCCCGAGCCGGGCGCGCGCAGCGAGGACAGGCUCGCGAGAGGGCACGGUGCGCGAGGGCGACGAGCUGACGCCGCCGAGCUCGCCGAGCGCGAGCAGCGUCGAGGGCGCGUGCGACGGCGUCAAGGCGCUGUGCGGUGGCGAGGGCGGCGCGGGCGAGGACGGGGUCGUGCAGGGCGUGGGCGCGCUGCGGUUGACGGCGAGGCCCGAGGCGUGA